UCUAAGAACGCUACUUCAUAUGCCUUGCCAGACAAGGGGCUGCUGCGGCGUGCCAACAAACUAAUCGGCAUCCAGAUCAUUGCUUCGAAACCCCACUCUUUCGAAAUACAGCUCCGCCUGCUCCCGUACCCAAUCUAGAUCAGGAGUAACGACCGACCGCUUCAACGCACUAUACCUCUUGCUUUCUACCGGUGCCUUUCUCCCUUCCUCGUGACAAAGGUCUACUCAACCUUUCUUUUCUGCAUCUUCCAGGGGCUGCGGUGCCCCGACCUAAACUUGACGCCGCCGCCGUCAAGCUUAUACAUCUUAUGUAAUUUGAAGGGCUUGCUCUCCUUCAACAAACCCCAUCGCCUCUCUAUCGAACGGCUCUCUCAUCGUCGUCCUCGCCGGACACUUGAAUCCGACAAUACGAUGACGUCAGCACCCUCUAAUCGACCCGCAAGCUCCCUGAGCGAGAGCUGGGCCACGCUCAGCAAUUCAGACGCGCAUUCCGAAGAUGAAUGGCGUUCGGAGCAUACAGAUAAUAUGUCCCUAGUCGGCCAUAGUGUCGCGGACGAUGUUGCAAGUCUCGGCAGCCGGGACCUGGAGAGUGAUAUCGACAGCGAGGACACCGAGAGUCACUGCUCUGAAUCCCGGCCUUUCCUACCACCUAUCUAUCGCGAGGCUGAAAAUAACUUUGAAAAUGAACACAAAAUGCAAGCUAGUUUUAUGUCGACGUCUGAAUCAAUUGUAUUCGAUGAACCGGAUUAUUGGCCAUCUACGGAAGUUGUGGAAUUGAAGCACACCGUCCAGGUACUUGAUAAAGCCGACGCUUUGCGUUUCGGCGUUCCCUUCGAUAUCGGGCAGGGAGACCUUGCCAUCUCCGUUCAGCAAUCAGUUUCCAAAAAGCCCAUUGAUGUGGAAAAGCCAUUCCGAGUGCUUUACAUUGGGAAUCCAAUGUUCAAGUCUAACGUUCUGGACAAACUUGGAGACGUACUAGUUACUAGCCCUAAGAAUAGUGUGUAUGCUGGCUCUGCAAAUUCAUCACGGUUCCAUGUUGUCCCAGCUUCUUUUGGCCCAGAUGCCACCCCAAAUUAUGCCGAAUUACUCCCCAUCCACGUUCAGCUUGUCGUGGAGGAAGCCGUUUCCGCCGAGGCGUUAGCUGGCCCGAGAAAUGCUGACAGUAUUGGCCUUUCUUUCAAGGACAGAGAGCCGGUCAUAUCCACAAGGACAGAGUCUGGCUUUCAGUUAAUUUCUGCUUCGAGUUGGGUUGCGCCAGAUAUUACCAUUUUCUUCGUGAGAGAAACUGAAGAUAUCUCAACAUAUGCCACGCGCAAUCUCGCCUUCACGUUCAUGGAAAGGCAUAACAUACCUGCAAUGGUGAUCUCCGAAUCUCCGCUUUGGGAUGGCCAUGAUUCUUCAAUCUCUAUUGAUCCGCGAACCCUGCAUAUCUGCCUAGAAUCGCGCGAUCCAGGCAGUGGCAGCUCCAAGGUCGUGGGUAGAUAUCCCAUAGACCUAGUCACCUUUGAGAAUAUUUCACCCGCGCAACUUAAUCGAAACUUGGCGUCCCUUGCCGGAAUUCACCCCAAGGAACAAGCGAAGCUAGUCUCUCUUCGGCGAUAUACGAACCAAGACGGGAGAAUGUCUGACAUUGCGAAAUAUGGGACAGGCUCAAAUUGUUAUCAUUUCUGGAAAGAUGGGUGCAAUUUAAGAACCAUGAAUGGCCGCAUCCUAGGGUUGAUUAUUGGGGUUGCUAUGAUAUGUCUCUGCUGCACUGGAUUAGGAACACUACUCUUUGCUCUAUUUAAGUAUUUUGCCGGAUUCGCCAAUGUCUCUGUUUCCAUUGCACAUGGAAAGAUUUCGGCCGGCUCCCACACGACACUAAUUCCAAGCACUAAAUCGAAUUCAAUGGGAACAUCACUGCUACCGAAAUCGAAUGCGGUGGUUCUCUCCAGUUGCGCGAAAGACAAGUCUCUGAGUGUCAAUGAUGAUAUCCUGAAAUUGACCCACUCGAACGUUCAGAAACCAAAUAACACGGACAAGUUUCAGGUAUAUGUCGUGGGUGAUUGCCAUGUGAUCAUCAAAGUACCAACUCGCAUAUCAUCGAUGAGAAAGGUUCCAAAAUUCGAAGUCAAAAUCACAAAGGCGGAUACAAAAUUGGAUUUCCACCUUUCAAAGCUUUUCGAUAAUGUAUAUACAUUACGACUGGCCAGAGAGGAUGCCCACGGGGUUAUGAACGUCACAAUCUCAGCGAAAGCGAAGCCGCUUGUAGAACAAAUCACCGAGAUCGACUUCGGUACUCCAUGGCUUAAAAUAGCAAGCUGGAAAAAGGCAGCUCAAUCUCUUUCGUAUCAGCUAAGGAACGACUUGAGUGCUGCUCAGGCCGGGAUUUCCGAGGCGUAUUAUCGAGUCUUCUUUGACCUGCAGUCCGUGAGCGACACUUUCAGAGCAGAAAGCGGCUUUGGUCCUCAAGCCUCAAUCAAGCAAAUCCUUAAGGCGGCAUGCGAGACUGUGAGCAAGGCAAAACGGUAUUCUGAAGAGAUCCAAAAAGAGUCAUCAGAGCUGAUGAAGGAGUCUUCACGGCUCUUACGAGAGCAAGCGCAGAUCAUUGCCAAAGAAACCACAGAGAUUGCCCACGGGAUGUUUUCGAAAGUGCAGCAGCACGCAAAGCGAGCGCGCCAGUCAGCACUGAAUGUGGAUCUCACGCAGCUAAAGCGCACAGCCGAAAGAGCUACCAAGUCGCAGUCCCUGGCUGCAGCGCAGAAGCAGGCGUUCCAUUUGGCUCGAGAUGCUCGACUUGGAUGGAGAAAGCCGCAAGAGUCUUGUAAUGGAAAAUCAUGUUCUGCCAAAGGGAUUAAGCAGAGGUAGAGUCUACUAUAUUCUCUUCUCCUGUGUUUGCUCUUUUCCUCUUCUCAUUCUUGUUGAUAUUUGUUUUCGUGUAUGAGACAUCUCAAGGACAGGUGGUGUUUGGUUUGCAGGUUUGGCGCAAAUAUGCCAAUCAUGAUAAUUAUUUCUCCAAGGAAAUGUAGUUAUUAGUUCACCCUUCUCCUUGGUAGAAAUGCCUCUUAUUUUCUCGCAUAUCAGCCUUCUUGACAUUCAAGGUGAAUCAAGGAAUUGAUCAGGAAUCAUGGUGGUGGGAAUUUCUUGUAUCUUGUGCUCUGUAUGCAGACAGAAUUAAUAUCUCAUUGGGAAUUGAUACUUUAA